AUGGACAUCGGCGGCAGCGGCGGCAUCGCAUCGUCGCCGGGGACGGGGGAUGACAAGUUUGCGCCGAGGCGCUCCCGCCGUGUGAGCUUCGCGGACACCACCGCGGUGCACGUGUUCGACCGCGACGAGGACUUCGAGACGCCCCCCGAGGAGCGCGAGCCCGGCUCCACCUCCCCCUCACCCUCUCCCAGGGGGUCCUCGGCUGGCCGGGAGGAUGAGGACGACACGGAGGAGGGUUUCCACCGGCCCCCGGUUAUCUUCCUCCAGGACGUCGACUCGUCGUCCCCAGGCAGCGCCGCCGGAUCCAUGGCCUCCGCCGAUGAUGAAAACUUCUUUGGACCUGUAUCGGCAAGCUUCAUUCAAACAGGAAGACCAUCGGAUUCUGGAAUGUCAGAGGAUGACAACCAUGAUAUAACUAUGGAUUCCAGGACGUUCUCUUUGCAUUUUCGCAAUAUUGCUCCACCAGAUGACUGUACAGCCAACUCAGCUGCGAGCCUAAUGACACCUAAUACUGCAUCUGAGGGACCCCUGAAGGAACUUACUGCAUCUAAUCCUGCAACAACAUCAAUCAAUGGUCGGGAUAUGUUGACUGACAUGAGUUUGUUGAGUGGUAACCCCAGAACUUAUGAUUAUGAUAAGCUGUCACCCACGUUGAGCAGUAUGAUGAAGAAGAUAAAAAGGAUCCAGCAAGCAAACUCUCCUAAAGUUGGUGUUUCUGAUGUAGCUCCUGAUUGUGUUUUAACCUUGUCUACAUCUGAGAAAGAAAGUAGGGAAGAAAAUUUAUGCAUUGACAAUGGUAUAUCUUCUGAUAAGCUGGGCAUGGUUAAUACGAUUGUAGAGCACACUUCUAUGAGAAAUCCAGUUUCGACCAGCACAGAUCUGAUUCAAGAAGAUAAUGAAAUGAUAAUUGAUGGCCAUGAGAAUUCACAGAACUGCAACCAUGAUGUUGACCCUGGUGCCAAUAGUACUGCAGAACCUCCUGCAAAGAUUUCCCCAGCAUAUAAAUCAUUCACGAGUAAUGGUGACGUGCAAUCCCACCUCGUCAAUCAAUCUUUGUCAAAAGAUCAACCAUCUGGAUCAAAUUGCACUACAAGUGUUUCCUCCAUGUGUAAUGUUGACAUGGAAACCCAUCUUUUGGAUCAACCAGCUGGUAAGGAUAACACAGAUGCUGCCCAGUCGUCAAGUGCAGCUACUGCCAUUUUGCUGAUGGAUGCUGAGCAGCUGCGACAGCAAAAUGAAGUGAUGGAUACAGAAACAGUUCUACACACUCCAAGAACUGCAGGUCUGCAGUUGCAAGUUCCACAAGGAUCUUUGGGUACUGGGUUUGUUGGACAUGACAAGAGAAUUUCUUCUCUGAAGCUUCAAGAAUUGCCUGCAGCGUCCCGGUUACAAUUGGUCGAGAAGAAUGAACUUGGUCAUCGUGCAAGUGACAUGUUCAGCAAUACUGAAGAUCAUGAUUCCACCUUAUCUGUUUCUUCUCAUUCGGUUCCAAAGCUGAAGAAAACCAGUGAGUCUUUUAUCCUAGGCACUCCUCGAAGACAUGGGCUAAAUGAGUCCACUAAGGUCCCAGAUACCUCAUCUCAUGCCCUUACUUUGGAUAGCCAACCUAGUCGUGAAUGCAACUCUCAUCUGGAUUUAGAUGUUGUUGGAAGAAAGAGAACUGCUGAGGAAAAUGGUCAUGCUGUGCAAGAAUGUCCUGAAGAAACCGCUAAGACAGCAAGAAGCCCUAGAAAAUCAAGAAAAGAGAUUCCUUGUGUAUCUCAGCCUUCUCCUAUGAUUGAAGAAAAACAGAAUGGUGCUCAUGAUAAUGGAAAGUCUGUGGAUAUUGAUUGGAACAAGGUAGUAUGUACCCUAACUAAUGCCACGGAGCAAGUUUUGUCAGCAUCAAUAAGCAAGUAUAAUCUACAACAGCUUGAUAUGCUAAGCGAUAAGUUGGAUGAGAUUCAUAUGGCUAAAAAAUAUAAAAGGCUUGCUGCUGCUGUGAGGAUUAAAGAUUGGUGUGGUGAUAAGCAAAAGAGAUUAGAGGAGGCAAGAUUUCUCCAUGACAAGCUUUUCUAUGAAAAGGCGAAGCUACAAAUAAAUAAUAUGAAGCUAGUUAAACUCCAAAAAAAGGCUCAGCUAUGUCAAGAUAGAAUUCAAGAGUGCUGCUUUCUGAAAUCUAAGAUUUUGGGCGCUGCACAAAUGAAGGAUGCUUCACUUCCUGCAGCUACUUCAGUCAGUGCCAGUGAUAGACAGGAAGAACUUGCCAUCAUUUCUGAAAAGAGGCUUGAACUAAAAAAUAUUCAACAGAAGGUGGAGAAAUUAAGGAGUUCCCUUGAAUGUUUUGACAAUAUUGAAGGUGACAUUGGUAGUGAUAGUGUUGUGAGGUAUGCUAAAGAGCAGUUGAUGAUGAGAAACCAGCAUCGCAUCAUCCACCGGCUAGCAGGGCUCUGCAAGCUGAAUGACAUAGUUAAAAGGGACAAUAAGCGUGAUGUCAUCCUCAACUAUCACAAUUUGUUGUUCCAAAGGAUCAUCUUAAACAUCAGUGAUACAUCUAGCAUAUUUGUGAAUAAUUCACUGAAUGUAAACCUAAUUGGACAGACAUUUCCAAACUUGGAUGCAUCUUUGGCAUUCAAUUUUGUUUUCAAAGCCGAGGAGAACCAGAGAGUUAGUGAUUUACAAUCCUUGCAGCAGAAGACAAUGGAAACAAGCUUGCUUCUUGGAAAUCUUAUUGAUGUUUUAGAAGAAAUCAAGUUAUCUAAAUUCGAGUUACUAAAUCUUACCUCCGCUGCUUUUGUUUUGGAGUCCCAGACAUGUAAACUUGGCCUCCACCUGUUUUUCAUGAGCUUCAAGAGUGGCAAGAAGAUUGUUUUCAUCAUUGACAUGACAGACCUGAACCGCUCGGUCUACCCUUCUGAUCCAUCUGAGUUACCCAUUAAGGUUUGCGAAGCACGGACAACGCUACCACAGCCAAGCAUAGACGUCACCAUGGCUUCUAUAAGGAACCUGCAACCUGGUCGCACAGUGAUACUAAGGUUGUGCCGGAUGGUAUCCCGGCUGAUUCAUGGUUUACAAUGA